UGCCAGAGCGACUGCUGCCACCGCGACAGCGGGCUGAGCCUGGCGCGAUGUGUGCCGAGGGCGGCCGAGAACCAGGAGUGCUCCCCAAAGAGCCUCUACGGAGUCUACUACAGGUGUCCCUGCGAGAGCGGCUUGUUCUGCGACGCUGAUAAAAGCAUCGUGGGCGCCAUCACCAACAGCGACUUCGGCAUCUGCAGGGACCCCAAAGAGUUCUGA